AUGUCUAACGCUGCCCAAUCUUUAGAAGCUCAUCAAUUAUUCUUAAAGAAUUUUGAAGCUGAACGUACUGCCAUGAAGGAAACUGAAAAGGAUGAAAUUUUAUUAAUGGAAAACAGCCGUAGAUUCGUCAUGUUCCCAAUUAAAUACCAUGAAAUCUGGGCUGCUUAUAAGAAGGUAGAAGCUGCUUUCUGGACUGCUGAAGAAAUCGAAUUAGAAAAAGAUGUCAAGGAUUUCUCUAAAUUAAACGAUGAUCAAAAGGAAUUCAUCGCUAGAGUCUUAGCUUACUUGACUGUUUCUGAAGAUAUAAUUAACAAGCAUUUGGUUGAAAAAUUCUCUGCUGAAUUACAAAAUCCAGAAGGUAAGAGUUUAUACGGUUUCCAAAUUAUGAUGGAAAAUAUUUACGAUGAAGUAUACUCCAUGAUCGUCGAUGCUUUGUACAAUGGCCCUGAAAAUGUCCCAUACUUCAAGCAAGUUCCAAGCACCGUUCAACAUCAAGAAAAGGCUGCCUUCAUUCAGAGAUGGAUUCAUAACCCAGAUUCCCUAUACGGUGAAAGAUUAGUCGCUCUUUCCGCUAAGGAAGGUAUUUUCUUUUCUGGUGUCUACGCUGCAUUAGGUUGGUUAGGUAACACUGCUGGUUUCCCAGGUAUCUCAACAGCUAACAAGUUCAUCUGCAGAGAUAAGGGUGCUUACGCUGAUUUCGGUUGUUUAUUAUUUGCUCAUUUGAAGACAAAGCCAGAUGCUAAGAUUGUUGAAAAGAUUAUCACUGAAGCUGUUGACAUUGAAUUAGAUGUUAUGAACAAGGCUUUUGAAGUCGAAAAAUUCGGUGUCGAUCCAGCUUUAAUUAAACAAUACGUUCAAUUCAUUGCUGACUCUUUAUUAAGCUCUUUCGGUAACGAUAAAGUUUACAACGUCACCAACCCAUUCGAAUUCAUGGCUGGUGCCACUCAAAUUGGUAAGUCUAACUUCUUUGAAAAGAAGGUUUCUGACUUCACCAAGGUUACUACCGCUGAUAAGGCUAACAAAUCUGCUGAAUCUAUUAAAUUCAAUGAAAGUUUCUAA